AUGGAUCUGGAAGUAAUUGAAGUUGAUGACCAACCGUCUGAAAUACCAUUAAUAGAUGAAGAAACUGAAAAGAAAUAUCGAAUAUGGAAAAAAAAUUCACCUUAUUUAUAUGAAUACCUAUCAACAAAUUCACUACUAUGGCCAUCUUUAACAGUUCAAUUCUUCCCUGAUGUAACAACUCAAGUAACAGAAAAUAAAUCAUCCACAGAUAUUUUACUACUGCGUUUAUUACAUGGCACAUACACUUUAGGUCAAUCAGUAGUUGAUUCAAUUUCAAUUUUACAAAUACCAAGUUUUAGUUCCAAUCUCAAUCAAAAUUUAGAUAUUUCAAAAUUAAAUUUUAAUCAAGAUAAAGAAGAAUUUGAAAUUAAUAAAACAUUACCCAAACCAAAAGUUCUACAAAAAAUAAAUCAAAUAGGAGAUGUCAACAAAUUAAAAUAUAUGCCUCAAAAACCAAAUGUUAUUGCUAGUGCAAGUAGUAAUGGUAAUUUAAAUAUAUUCGAAAGAACUAGACAUAAAAGUUUUCAAAAACUGAUUAUUGAUGAUGUGGAUGUAAACAAAGCUGAAAUCACAAUUGAUGGUGAAUUAGAAAUAUUUGCUUUAGAUUGGAAUCAAAAUAAAGAAGGGUUAUUACUUUCAGGAGAUAUGGAAGGUAAUAUACACUUAUAUGAUCUUACGACUUAUGAUAAAAAGAAAAAAAUGGAAUCUUUCAAAAGUUGGAAAGAAAAUACUAAUAUUAAUGAUAUUGAAUGGUUUCCUACUCAUGACUCAAUCUUUGGGGCUGCUUUAGAAGAUGGAUCAUUUGUUAUACGUGAUAUACGAGACGGAAAAGAAGGUCAAAGAAUACUGAAACAAAUUACUACCACUACAACAGAUUCACCUACAUCCUCAAUUAAUUCAAUUUCAAUCAAUCCUAAUUUUGCAACUGGUAUUGCAACUGGUGAUUCAAAUGGUUUAAUCAACCUUUGGGAUUUAAGAAAUUUAGAUUCAACAAUAAAAGAAUUCAAACCUCAUUCUUCAUCAAUCACUCAAUUGAAAUUUCAUCCUAAAUUCCCACAAAUAAUUGCAUCAUCAUCAACAGAUCACCUGGUUAAAUUACACAACAUAUCACGUUCUAAAGAAGAAGAUCCUACAUUUUUCCAACAUCUAGGUCAUAUGUUAGAAGUCAAUGAUUUUGACUGGUCUUACGCUGAUGACUGGACGUUGGCGAGUGUCGCAGCCGAUAACUCACUACAUGUUUGGAAACCUUCCAAGGUUGAUAUCUAA